UGUUUGACCCACUUCGACUCUAGAGAGAGAAAGAGAGAAGUAGCAUUUGGAUUUCGUGCCCAACUUCCGCAUUCUUUUUCUCUCUCUACAUUUCCCGUUUCCAUUUCCUUCCUCUUCAUUUCUCAUUUUCUCACUUUUUUUUCUGCUCCAGGGAGGGUUUUUCUCUUCUCUCACUUUCUCUCUUCUUACCUUCGAUUCUUCUUUUUUUUUUUAUUUAAAUUAUUUUCCCUCUCAAUUCCUCUUCAUUGGAUCAACCACCGCUGUUACGAUCACAGUGUCGUUGUAUCUCCGAAGAUGGAAUUCAUCGGAAAAACCAUUCACAAAGAGGUGAAAGGGCUUGGGAUUGUGUCCGGAACUGUGAAAUCUUGUGACUCUUCCUCGGGUUUUUUGAGGAUCCUUUUCGAAGACGGUCAUUAUGACGAGAUGGAAAUUUCCGAAGUUGCUCCGCUCUUGGAAAUUCAACCGGAGCUUCCUAAAGUUAAGGCUCGGGUCGGUCGGAAACCUAAGAAACGACGGAUGCUUGAGCGGAGCGGCGGAGCGACAUCGUCUUCAGGUAAUGUUACUGAUAGUUUGGUGGCGGGUAGUGAAUUUAGCGGGAAUGAAGGGAAUCUUAGCGUUAGUGUGAAUGGAACUAGUGGGAGUGUGGGAAAACUAGGAAAUGAAAAUGGCUUUGGUGUUGAUCAGAUUUUGAAUUUGAACGAGGCUGUUUCUGAUAUUAAUAAUAAUAAUAAUGAUACUAAUGGAAUUUUUGUUAAAGAUGAUAUUGAUUUGAAUUCUGGGCUUAAUUUGAAUGAGGAUAUCGAUUUGAAUGAUGUGUGUGAAUCGCCGUUUAACAAUGAGGGUGAUUUGAAUAGAAGAGAUGGUAUUGAUUUGAACUUGGAUGUGGAUGUGAAUGCGAAUGACAAGGAGGGUGUGAAUUUGGGAGAGGAAUUUUUGCGGCGGGAAUGUAAUUUUGAUUUGAACGUUGGUGUGUGUGAAGAAUUUAAGGAAGCUCAGGGUUGUGCUGAUGGAAAUGGAUAUUUUGAGGUAGAUUGUGAGAUGGGACAGCUGCGAGAACAAGAGGCGGAUGUUAAGUGUAGGUCUAUGGAAGUGGAUGGUGUUCGUGAUAAUUUGAAUUGUGCCUCUGAUGCUAUCAAAUUGGAGGAAAAGGAAGUUGAUGGUUCUGUUUCCCUCGAAGCUGGUGUUGUCGCAGUUAACGAAUACCAAUCGGAUCCUGGAAGUCCAUGCAAACAAGGAAGUAGUCAGAGGAAGAGAAGAAAAGUGUCGGAUAAUAUAAAGGCUACCCCGGACACGGCUUUGAGGAGGAGUUCUCGCCGGACAUCCGCUAGAAAGCUAGUUUCAACUCCAGUAUCAGAGCAGGUUACUGACGAUCCUUUGUCGUCCUUGGAAACCAGUGUAGCAGAAGAAAAACCUUUGAUACCUGAAAAUGAGAAAUAUGAACAGUGCAAUGUUCCUAUUCCGAAGCUGCAAUUACCCCCUUCAUCCGAAAAUUUGAAUUUAGAUGGCAUUCCUGUUGUUGAAUUUUUUUCUGUUUAUUCUUGUUUAAGAUCAUUCAGUACCUUGUUGUUUUUGAGUCCAUUUGAGCUGGAACAUUUUGUAGCUGCACUUAAGUCUGAAAUCCCUAGUGUAUUAUUCGAUAGCAUUCAUGUUUCUAUUUUGCUUACUCUGAGAAAGCAUUUGGAAUUCCUUUCCACUGAGGGUUGCCAAUCUGCAUCUAUUUGCCUGAGGAAUCUUAACUGGGAUUUCUUGGACAUUGUCACAUGGCCCAUGUUCUUGGCCGAGUACCUUCUGAUUCACAGUUCACAAUAUAAAACUAGUUUUGAUGCUAACCUCUCAAUAUUGGUAACUGAUUACUACAAACAACCUGUCAUUUUGAAGCUUGAGAUUCUUCAGUACCUGUGUGAUGAUAUGAUUGAAGCAGACACCAUAAGGUCAGAGCUUAACAGAAGGUCCUUGGUAACAGAGACUGGCAUGGGUAUUGAUCAGAAUAUUUAUUUUGACACUAGCAAGAAAAAGAAAGCUGUAAUGGAUGUUUCUGGAGGCUCUUCCUUGACUGAGGAGAUGGUAGAUGACACAACUGACUUGAACAGUGAUGAAUGUUGCCUUUGCAAGAUGGAUGGAAAUUUAAUAUGUUGUGAUGGUUGCCCUGCUGCAUACCACUCAAGGUGUGUCGGGAUUGCAAGUAACAAUCUGCCUGAAGGUGACUGGUAUUGCCCUGAGUGUGCUAUUGGCAAACACCAGGCAUCGAUGAAAUCACGAAGGUCACUCCGAGGAGCAGACUUGUUGGGGAUGGAUCCUCACGGCUGUCUUUAUUUUGAUAGUUGUGGUUACCUGUUAGUUUCAAAGUCAUCAGAUGCGAGGUCCUUGUUCAAUUACUACCAUGUAAAUGAUAUACCUGUUGUGAUUGAAGUUCUAAAAUCCGUGGAUACUUUAUAUGGAGACUUAUUAAUGGCUAUCUACAAGAAUUGGGAUAUUCCGGCUGACUUAAAUGCAGGGGCUAGUAAUUUGGCAGUCUUUAAUCAAAGUUCAUUCAAGAACAUGCAAAUGACGGCUAAAUAUUAUUCUACGUCCACAUCUUUAGCACCUUUUACUUCUUCAGUAACAUUUAUGGACAAAAAUCUAGUUGAUGAUCAGAAAAAGUUGGAGAAAAAUUCAACUAUUGACUCAACAAUAGAAAGUCCUUGUAUUGCCUCGGAAGGAUCAGCUGAUACAGCACAGAUGAGAUCUGGCAUUGAGAGUAUUCAGAUGCACAGGCUAUACGAUUCCAAUAGAUCGGAUGAAUCCUUAAAUCAAUCAAGAAUACCAGAAAAAGACUUUCCUGUUGGUGACUGUUCUUUGGCAUCUUCCAGACUAGACGGGGAACAUAAUAUUAAGUUAAGAUCCAUAGGUGUUAGCAGUACCCCCUAUAUGGGCAAUAAGGAUACAUCACAAGCACCUUAUGGGACUGACUACAUAAACUAUUACAGCUUUGCAAGGAUGGCCUCAUCAGUUGCACAGGAGUUGAUGUGUAAGUUAUCUGAAAAGAUCAAUAAAAAUAUUAUAGUGACUGAAGAAGAAAUAAUUUCAGACCAAUCAAAGUCCAUCAUUAAGAAGUCCACCAAUUUUUGUUGGCCAAGUAUUCAAAACCUGAAUGCAGCUGCCCACAAGGAAAAAUGCGGAUGGUGCUUUUCUUGCAAGGUUGCAAAUGAUGACAGAGAUUGCAUAUACCUUUCUGCGGUGAAACCACUUUAUGAAGUGUCUACAAGUACUUCAGUUGGGCCUCAACCCAAGAUCCAGAAUGGACAUCUUAGAGAGAUAAUAUGUCAAAUUUUCUCUCUUGAGGUUCGAUUGCGUGGCCUUUUAUCGGGUCCAUGGUUGAAUCUGCAUCAAACUAAUCUUUGGCAUGAGGAUCUUUUGAAGACAUCUGAUCUUCUUUCUGUUAAACGAUUAUUGCUUCUUUUGGAAUCCAAUUUGAGACAUCAAGCACUUUCAGCCGAUUGGUUAAAACAUGUGGAUUCUGUGGUUACUAUGGGAUCAGCUACUCAUAUUGUGGUGGGUUCAUCACGCACAUCCUCAAAGCACGGUAUUGGAAAGAAAAGAGCCAGACAUUCAGAUAUUGAAUCCAGUUCAUCUUCAAAGACUACCGGUGGUUUGGGAAUGUAUUGGUGGAGAGGUGGUAGGCUUUCUCGAAAGUUGUUUAAUUGCAAGGUCCUGCCUCGCUCCUUUGUUACCAAGGCUGCUAGACAAGCUGGGUUUACAAAGAUACCAGGUAUUUUAUAUCCUGAAAAUUCAGACUUUGCCAAGAGAAGUAGAUGUGUUGCCUGGCGAGCUGCUGUUGAGAUGUCAACAAGUGUUGAUCAGCUGGCUUUACAGGUUAGAGAACUCUACUCAAACAUAAGGUGGCAUGAUAUUGAGAAUAACCAUCCUCUAUAUGUGCUGGACAAGGAAUCUAGAAAAUCAUCCAAGCUAUUCAAAAAAGCAAUUGUGCGUAGGAAGUUGCCAGAUGGACAAUCUGUGAAAUACCUUCUAGAUUUUGGGAAGAGGAGGGCUAUUCCGGAUAUUAUUACUAAACACGGUUCUUUAUUGGUGGAGGAACCCGAAAGUGAGAGGAAGAAGUAUUGGCUGAACGAGUCUUAUGUUCCUUUACGUCUUGUAAAGAAUUUUGAGGAAAAAAGAAUCGUCCGCAGGUCCAAUAAUAAGAAACAUGGAAAAAUUAUUGGGAUUGAUAGAGUAAAGAGGGCUCCUCAACAAAGGGGGUUUUCAUAUUUGUUUUCUAGAAUGGAAAGAUCUGUUUGUCAUCAGUGUGAGCAUUGCAAAAGAGAUGUUCCAAUCAGGGAAGCUGUGAGUUGCAUUUAUUGCAAAGGAUAUUUUCACAAGAGGCAUGUCAAGAAAUCUGGCGGCACAACUACUGAAUGCACAUAUUCAUGUCACAGAUGCCAGGAUGGGUUGCAAGUAGAGACUAAUACUAAUGGAAGGAAAGUUGGCACAAAACUGCCGAAGAUUCAAUCACAGAAUUGUAAAAGUGAUCCAUUGGUCUGUAAAUCAGCGAACGUUAAAGGCAAUAAAAAGGCAUCAAGUAAGGUGCGGAAGGUGAUAUCUCAAAACAAUAAGAUCCAAUCGGUUGUACCUCUUCGUCGUUCUACUAGAAAAGUCAAAUCCAUGUAUUCGCGCAAUCAAAUGAUUGGAGGAUAUAAAAAAGGAAUGCAGAGUAAAAAGAAUGUAGGGCGUAAAAAAGGAAAGCACGGUAAAUCCAAGAAGGCAACCUCUCAAAAGUCCAAGAAAACUACUGGUCAACGCAAGACGUGGGAAGUAACUAUUGCACGUGAGAAGAGAUCAGAACAUUUUAGCAGUUACUGGCUUAACGGUCUUUGGUUUUCUAGAAAGCCAAAUGAUGAACGAGUAAUGCUUUUUGAAGCGAAAAAGCGUACUAUCCCCGCUGUUAUUUCUGGUUCCUUUGAUUAUCCUAAAUGCCGCCUUUGUUGUGGAGAUGAAUCUACUUCAAAUUAUAUUGCUUGUGAAAAAUGUGGAGAUUGGUUUCAUGGGGAUGCUUUUGGUCUCACCGAAGAGAAUGCUAGUCAACUUAUUGGGUUUAAGUGCCAUGUUUGUCGUGGAAGGGAUGCUCCAAUCUGUCCACAUGUGAAAAUUAAUGCAUUGUCUCGCAUUGAAUCCAAUGCCGCAAUUGAACGUGCAGAGGAGUGAUCUAAUCGUGUUUCUCUCUAACCCUUGAGUGAGGUGUAAUGAUUUGCUUUGACAGGAUGUGAUUGGACAUCAGAUGCUGGCUUGUAGAGUUAUUUUUCUACCUGCAAGGAUAUGGUGGCAAAUGUUUAUUUUUUGCUGUAAAAAAAGAAAUUUCUCAUUUAUGUAGCUGUAAGAGAAAAGAUUGCUUUGCUGGCUUCUGCUCUGAUGCCUUCUGUUUCAACCUUCUUGGCAAGAGAGAAGAAUAAAGAAACUACAAGCAUGAUAUGCAGAAAGACUAAGGAUAGUUGCAAUCAGGAUACAAAUUGAAUUUAUACAUCAAAUGCAUUCAUUGUAGUAUCAUUUUUUUAUUUUAAAUUUAUGGUCUUUUCCCCUCUUGUCUGAUUCCUUUCAAAUCAACUUUCAUAGGAAUCAGUUUAUGGAAUGUUGAUCAUGGUAGGUAGAAUACUGCUCUGCAAGAGAGGUUUUUGCUAGUUUUCCAUUUUCUAACUAGUGAACCCUGAAGCCUGGGGAGUUAUAGGAGUUACUUUUGAUUUUUCUUUUAAUAUGGAAUUACUUUGGAUGUUACUCACAUUUGAGAAAUUAUUUUGGCCUUUUAUGUUCAAA